AUGAAGCCCACCACCAGCACCACCACCCUCCUCGCCGCCAUCCUAGCCAUCUCCUGCCCCCUCACCACCUCCCACCCCCUUCCCCAACUCAGCACGACCAGCAGCACCAGCUCCAGCAGCACCAGCGCCACCCAACAAAACGGCAUCACCUCCCCCAGCACCGGCAGCAACGCCUGCACCGCGACCACCCUCAUCUUCGCGCGCGGCACCUUCGAGCUCUCCAACAUGGGCUCCAUCGUCGGGCCCUCGCUCGCGUCCGACCUCGCCAAACUGCUUUCCUCCUCUUCCACCAACAACCAACUCACCAUCCAAGGCGUCAACUACGCCGCCGACGUCGCCGGCAUCUUCGCCGAGAUCACGGGCGGCACGGGGACGGCGGCGAUGGUGGCGGAGGCGCGGGCGGUGAUGCAGAAAUGUCCGGACACGAAGGUGGUGCUGAGCGGGUACAGUCAGGGGGCGAUGGUGGUGCAUAAUGCGGUGAAGGCGCUGAAGGGGGAUGGGGUGGAGAUGGGGAGGGUGGCGGCGGCGGUGACGUUUGGGGAUCCGUUCAAGAGCGUGGCGUUGGAGGGGGUGGAUAAGGCGCGGUUCAAGACGUUUUGCGCGACGGGCGAUCCGGUUUGCGGGCUUGGUGGCGUCAGUGCGCUUACUAGCAUGGUCUCCUCGGGCGGAGACCAGUCGAGCAGCACGUUGAGCCACUUGGGUUAUGGCGCCGAUGCCCCGGCGGCGGCGAAGUUCAUUCAAGAACAGCUCAGCGCUUGA